GCCUAAGCCGGAGGCGCAGCAGCUCGAGUACCUGCGCUACCAGAUUGAGAUGCGCGUGCUCGGCCUCGGCUGGAGCGAGUACGCGACUCGCUGGUCGUCCGCGGCCGACUCUAGGAUCGGCACCGUCGCGCACCUGACCAAGCUGCUCGAGGAGCUCAUCAAGGGGGAGACGGCGCGCAAGCGCUUUCCUGCGGACAGCGAAAAGUGCCCGCCGUUCUCCAUGGCGCGCGUAGCUAUGACAGGGACCGCGGCCGCGGACCCGGUGGCGGACGGGGCUGGCGCGCAAGCGCCGGCCACCGUCGUGCCGCCGGGGAUGCGCAGCGGACCCUGGAAUAGCUACGAUAAGGCGCAACUGGAGGACGCGGUGGGUGUCGCAAGGUUGUUCGGUGCGUCCUGUGUCAGGGUGAUAAGGCCUGGCUACGCGACCAUCGAGGUCGACCUGAAGCACGAAAAGGCCGCGGGCGACCGCGAGUCGGUGAAGGCGGCGGAGCGCUCGUACAUCGAGCGCACCGCGCCGAAGAAGAAGGAGCUCACAGAUGAGCAGCUUGCGGCAAAGGCCGCGUCUCGCAAGGCCAAGAAGAACCGGCAGAAGGAGCGCCGGGCGAAGGAGGCUGGCGAGCGCGCGGCCGCGAGCGAGGCCGAGCGCGUGGAGCGCCCGCGCGCGCAGCUACGCGCGAACAUCGAGUACGUGAUGGACGGGCUACGGUCUGCAGCUGCGCGGGCGCGCAGCCAGGCCGGGUCCAAGACUCGGGUCACAUAUUCGCUGCCCCCAGAGAGGGACGACGGAUAUCGGCGCGGCCCUAGCGUGGUGUGCGCCACGGUCCCCCAGGGCACCGUGGCGACGACCGUCGCCUCGGACUGGCUCGCGAACGAGCUGGCCGAGCACGGAGAGAUUGAUGCGGCAUGCCGCGACAAAUAUGUCAUGCACCUGAUGACGGCCGCCGGCGCCUCGGCGCCGGCCGACGCCGUGUUCAGGAGUAGGAGUGGGGUGCAGGUUGUGCUCACCCACGGCACCGGGCCGGCGGUAAG